UCUAUUUACGGAAGUGCUGGCUGCGUCUGCAAACCGGUUCGAUGAUUAAACACGUUUUUCUAACAGGACCUCCAGGUGUGGGGAAAACCACUCUGGUGCAGAAAGCCUGUGAAGCUGUGGCGUCGUCCGGAGCCCCAGUCGAAGGCUUUUACACAGAGGAGGUGAGGGAGGGGGGCAGGAGAGUCGGCUUUGAUGUCGUCACCCUCACCGGAGAGAGGGGCCACCUGUCCAGAACCAGAGACGGCGCUGGCGUGUCUCGUCACGGCAGGCAGGAGUGCAAGGUGGGACAGUACGUGGUCGACGUGCCCUCGUUUGAAAACCUGGCUCUCCCCCUCUUCAGAAACGUGGGCUCGGCAGCAGGCGGCAGGAGGGUCUUCGUCAUCGACGAGAUCGGGAAGAUGGAGCUCUUCAGCGAGCCGUUCGUCCGGGCCGUGAGGCAGACGUUAGACGCUGCUGCCUGCACCGUGCUGGGCACCAUCCCCGUCCCCAAAGGGAGACCUCUGGGUCUGGUUGAAGAGGUGCGGGGCAGGAGGGACGUCAAGGUCUUCACCGUGACUAAAGAGAACAGAAAUGUUCUUCUACAAGACGUUUUAACAACUCUACAAGAAUGUUUGAAGGCUUCAGCGUAAACUCAAGCUUUGAAGAGAAAACCUCAACAUUUUCUUUAUUUUUAUUUUUCCUGACAACUCUUCUUCUGUGUGAGUGUGUAGCUUCACACAACCAGACUGUUUAAAACCAGGCAGUAAAACGAGGAGCGUCCAGAGUCACGAGUGUGUUUAAGUCUACAACUCAGUUUCUGUGUUUUUCCUUUAACCUCCAAAUGGAUUGGAUGCUGAAUAAUUGAUUUUGAGACGGAGCACAGCGGAGGGAAUUAUUCAUUUAGAGCAGAAAUUCCUGCUGAACAGCUCCUGUGUGAGCGAGAGUCCAGUUUUCUUUUUUGUCCAUUAAUAAGUGAUGAUUUAAAAUAAAGAAAAGUGCAAACAAA